GGAGCGGGUCGAAUAUGGUAAAAGAGAGCCCGAGCUUCGCGCCUGGGUCUGGAGGAGAUCUUGCGAAAGCCGCCUCGAGCGCGCUCCGCGGCUGCUGGUCCCAGUAUGGUCGAUGAUGCUGGUGCCGCUGAGUCCCAGCGGGGCAAACAGACACCGGCCCACUCCCUGGAGCAGCUGCGUAGGUUACCACUUCCGCUGCCACAGAUUCGCAUCCGGCCCUGGUGGUUUCCGGUGCAGGAACUGAGAGACCCUUUGGUGUUCUACCUAGAGGCAUGGCUGGCGGACGAGCUCUUUGGCCCAGACCGAGCCAUAAUUCCAGAAAUGGAGUGGACGAGCCAGGCCCUGCUGACAGUGGACAUAGUGGACUCAGGGAACCUAGUCGAAAUCACCGUUUUCGGGCGGCCCCGUGUACAGAAUCGGGUGAAGAGCAUGCUCCUGUGCCUGGCAUGGUUUCACCGAGAACAUCGUGCCCGAGCUGAGAAGAUGAAACACCUUGAGAAGAACUUGAAGGCCCAUGCAUCAGACCCCCACUCUCCCCAGGAUCCUGUUGCUUAAGACAACAUAGUUACUGUUGGGAACAUCUUAACUUUCUAACUUUUGCUGCUAAAGUUGAAGAAAAGCAAGUAUAGCAUUCUUAAAUCCCUGUAUUCCUUUUUCCUGUGUCUUGAUGGAAUGUGGUUUAUUUUGUUGCAAGAGUGAGUUUGAACUAUUCUAAUAAAGAAAUGGCUAUUUUGCCAAAAGCAUUAAGAUCUUCACACACUUAUAAUAAAGCAAAUUUAUAAAAGAUUGA